GUUCGAUAUUCUUGAAACAUAAUGUUCAAGAAUAUCGAACAUUAUGUUUUGCACUGUUUGUUGUGCUUCCUUUCUUACUGUCUCAUGCAGCUAGAGAUGGAACAGACGUUGUGCACAUUGUGUUCAGUAGGUGUGCUAAUCAGGAAUAGAGAUCCCCUGAUCACUGCCAUAAUCGCAGAGCGCACCAUCUGUGAUGCUCUGAUGGCCGGCAGUCUGGCUGAGAGAGCUGGAUAACAGUGUGGUACUGCCCCUCUCUCUCCUGUCCUCUCUGGCCUGCUCUCUGCUCUGCCUUAAAUCUCCUGCUGUAUGACUUUUCUGUUUUACUUAACUGGAAUGACCUGGAACCACUUAUCACUGGCUUGCAGACACUUCUUAAGCUAUUACAAUAUAAAAAAAUGUAGUGCAAUUAAAAAAACAACAAAAGUCACAGUAUAAGUGAGGCCCCACCUCUGCAAUUAAAAAAAAAAGAAAAAAAAAAAAAAGAAGAUAUUUCUUGAUCAGUGUCUCUGUAGUGCACCGCUCCAAAUAAAUCCGCUGUCACCACAGAUCUGGAAAUAAUUGAGUGGGGCCUAUUAAAGUGCCACAGAUAAUGGGGAAUAAUAAAUAAAUGUGGGUAAUUUCAUUGCUGGAAUUUUGUCUGUUUUCCAUUUGCAGUCUCAGGUCGUAAACAGUACCAGUCACAUCUUUGGCAAUAAUGCACGGCGUCUUGCUGAGUUCAAAUAGAGUCGCAACUUGUUUGUGACGCCAUUCCCAGACUGUGACCUGAGAUAAGCACAGAGGCAUGUAACCUGCUGCAGUAAGCCGCUACACAAUGCAUCAACCCAGGAAAACUUUCAAUGCAUAAGUGAUCAGAAUGAAGAUAGGGGCACCCGUUGCUAUGACAACCUAUACGAAAACCCAUACAAAAAGAUGCGCUGGCUGUCACAUUGAUUCAGAGAAUCUGCCGAGAAUACAGAAGUUGGUAUCAGCCAAAGGCAGGCUGGCCUGCGUCUAUCUGGGAGUGCCAGGUUAGAGGCUUAUUGACCGUUUUUGACAGACUGACUAACAGACGAGUUUUUGGUAAAAUGGGCUGUGGGCCCAAAGUUCAAUUAAAAGUCCCGCUCCGUGUGACGCAAGCACAUUUGCCAAAUGGUGAGAAAAGUGCAAAUCGGUCUUCGUGCUUUCUCAGCAAUCUGCUUGUCCUUCAGGGAUAUUGAUGUCUCUGCCUUAACUCAUUUUUUUCAAAACUCCAUUUAGCGCUUCAGCAUUUAUCAUAUCCAGUCAGUUGGAAGGUAAUUUCUAGGUACCAAUACGCACCUGCUUUGCAAACCCAUAGCUACAUUUUGAGGUUUUAGCGGGGCUAUGAACGGUAAGUGUAACCACCUGCAUUUUUCUCCUGCUCUCGGAGCAGCUGAUGGGGGAGCGAUGUGGUUCUGGUUUUAAAUGUUCCUGCUUUCCUCUCUUUCAACCUUGCUCAUCAGGCAGCAUGUAAAGAGAGAUGCAUUUUAAAUCUGGAGACAUGACAUGGCUGUAGUCUUCCAUCAUGUACUGGUCAGAUAGCAUUUAGCGAUUGCUGUUUGAAGCAGAUAAGAGAUGAGUCAUAGAUUAAAGCAGUGGUAAACACUAACUGCUAGAAAACAGCGGAUUAUCUAAUUUUAAAUUCAAUUUGUGAAUGAGUCCCUCCCUUGUGAAGUGAGAGCGACUGACAAGCGACACAUCAGCACGGUGAAGGCAGAAAAUAAGCCAGCUAUAUUUAUGAGAGUUUACUGAGUGACUGAUGUGCUUACACUUUCUCCUCGGCUUGGUUCACAAUGUGAAUAAAUGUUUGCCUUCUUGCCUCCGUCCAAAUCAGUGAAUCAACUGAGCUCAAAGUGUGAAUGAGCGGCAGAGAGAAAGGGGAAGAGGCUUUCCCCGGGGCAGUGCCCGGGACAAUGUCAGGUUUGUCUGGCCCGAGUGCAUGAACACUAAGCUUUUCGGAACUGGCAGCUCGCCCCGGUACCUACCCAUCUCACACAGCUUCCAGAGCUGCCCAGCCCCGGAGCACUAAGCAUUUGUGCAAAGUUCAUAAGGCUUCCCUCUGUUUUUGUGGCCAUAAUGGCAGCUCCAUCCUGUUGUAGCUCAAAGAGUGUUAAGGGGCUCUGAGGGCCUGGAGCUGGCGUUGCAAAGGCGUGUGAGUGUUCUCAGUUACUGACUUUGGCUGGCUGCACUCAUUAUGAAAAGACUAGUGUCCCCCUGUAACCCCCCCUCCAAGUGGUAGUUCUGAAUCUCAAGCUCCAGCAUAAGCAUUUCCUUCAUCAGGUUUGCAUUUUAAAAGCAGUUUGCUGAAUAAAGACCUCAAACUAGUUUUAAAAAAACCAAACAACCAAACAAAAAAUACCUCUGCCACCUCUGCCACAAAGCAAAGAAUGCUCUGGACUAAAAUAUUCAGUAACUAAUGGAUGUAAGUGAAUGGUAAAUGGACUGGUUCUAUUCUAUUCACUCUACACAACAUGUCUCAUUCACCCAUGCAUUUCUUUCUGUGUCCAAGUACUUUAUGUAUAACAUUCAUUUAACAUGUGCGUAAUUUAUUUCUUAUUUAUUUAUGUCUUUUUUUAAUUGCAACAGGCCAAUAAGAUACAUUAGCUAGUUUCUAGCUUUCCUGUACAAAAAAAAUCCCCUGGCCUUAAAGUCUGGUUGGUGGGUCAGCGCAGGCCACUGGACUAGUAAUACACAUGCACAACCCCUGCUGUAUCUGCUCCACCUUAUACUUGUAUACAAUCCUCACGAGUGAUAACAACCUUGUCAUUAGCGUCAUCAAGUUCUGUCAAGCAGCAAUGCCUUUACCGUGGUUACGACCUGCAUCAGCAUAAUUCAAGCAUGACCCUCCUCCCCCCUUUCAUUUUCAAGUCUUUGACUAAGGUCCACACCAUACAUCAUCCAGACUGGGAGUCCUCCCUUCCCCCUUCAUGUGUUAUGAGAGAGAGAGAGAAUGGUUUGGUGGAGGACUCUUAUCAACAGUCUCAGCACUCUCUGCACACUAUGAUUUCCCCAGACGUGUCACCCACCCUCCACUCAAGUCUAUCUGUAUGGCCGUGAAGUUCCUGUUCACCAGUGUGAAACAAUCAGGUCCACUUGAAUUAAAGACAAAUUAAAAAAAAAAGAAACCAGUGGCUUUUCCACUUCUUACUGUGGGGAGAUAAGCCAUGGGAGCGUGCUUUAAAAGCUCCAACAAUGGCUAAUGCUGGGCGACAAUCUUCAGCAGCAUUAACAAAUAAGUAGAUUGUCGUUGGCUGACAGAAGAAGAUUGGAGCAAGAGCAAAGCUCAACAGAUUUUCACACAGCGGGUGAUCGGCACUCCCACCCUGCUUACUGUUCAUAUUUUGUUCUUCAGCUGGCCAUUGCAAAUUAACACAUUUUAUUGAGCCUUCAGGUGCACACGUCUCUGCUCAUGCUGAAGGGAGGUGGAGGGGCGAGAUGGAACUUGCAUUCCUCAACUCUCCUCUGAAUAGCCUUUAGAUCAGGCUUUGUGGGAAUGAUUGUCAGUGGCUUAAUGAGUGCAUUUGCCAAGCUGGAGGCUUUGGCAACAUGUAUGACUGCGGCGGCUCUGUACGUGUUCACCACUGGCUUCUGUGACACAACAGUGGACUGGGCUCAGCACGCUCUGUGUUUUCGUUCUUCUUUUUCUGCCAGACUCAGAGUUUUCCUGUCAUGCUUUCUUUUUAUUGGGAAUGUUAUUACCUAUAACGGAGUUGUUACCCUUCCCAUGGGCACCGGUGCCGAAAAUCAAGUGAAAGCUUGUACUGCAUCUUCACCAUAGUCAUGAACUGAAAACAAAGUGGAGAGCGUUAAUUUCCUGUGACUGUCCGAGAUCUCGACACUAUGAGGUUGCUGAGGAGCCCCAGACUGGCCACCGUGCUGUUGGUGGUUAUCUGUAUUUGUGCCUUUCAUACGACCUCAGCCAUUGACAUCCCGCUGGAAGUUUUAGGUCACAUAAACAUUGAGCAGCUGCCCACCAUCACAGCUCAGUCGCCCAGCACUCUCAUCGCCUUUCCCUUUGACGAAAGCUUCCCCGUGAUUUGUGAAGCCAAAGGGAAUCCCGAGCCAGAAUUCAGAUGGACAAAGAAUGACCAGGAAUUCGACCCCUUUCAAGACCCCCGCCUGAUGAAAGAAGAGAAUUCUGGGACCUUUGUGAUACCCAAUAAUGGGAACCUUACAGAGUACCAGGGAACCUAUCGCUGUUACGCCUCAAACAAACUAGGCAUCGCCAUAUCGAAGGAGAUUGAGUUCAUUGUGCCCAAUGUUCCUAAAUUCCCUAAAGAGACACUCGAUCCUGUCGUGGUAGAAGAAGGCCAGCCAUUUACUUUAAAAUGUGACCCACCUAACGGUAUACCUCCACUGCAGAUCUACUGGAUGACUAUUAAUCUCCAGCACAUUGAGCAGGAUCAGAGGGUGUCCGUGGGCCUGAACGGAGACCUUUACUUCUCCCACGCAGUGGAGAAGGACAGCAGGAGAGACUACUGCUGCUUCGCCUCCUUCCCCAGAAUACGAACGAUCGUUCAGAAGACCGCCAUGUCUGUCAUUGUCAAGACAAGAAAAAGUGACAGUUCUGAAAAUGCUAAUGCAAUUCUGGAAAGAAAACCGUCUCUUCUGACGCCCCCUGGUGGCAAAUCAGAGAUACAGCUGGUCAAAGGAGAGGACCUGAACCUGGAGUGUAUUGCUGAAGGAUUUCCAACUCCACAGGUUGAAUGGAUGAAAAUGGGCCACAAAUUUCCUAGUAAAGUGAGAUUUGAGAAUCAUGGAAAAUUGGUGAUUGUGCCAAGAGCUGAGCUGGAAGACAGUGGGAAGUACAUGUGCAAGGCAAAGAAUCCACUGGGAGAAGUUCAACAUACCUUCACCGUGACAGUCGAAGAGCCUCCAGAGUGGGUGUUUGAGCCUGAGAGUCAGCUCAGUAUGAUCGGCUCAGACGUGCACAUCAAGUGCUCUGCCAGUGGGAUUCCUCAGCCGACGACUACAUGGAGGGUGAACGGUGGACCUCUGCAGGAGUCCCCAGCACGAAACAGGAGGGUAAUUGGUGACACCAUAGUUAUACAUAAUGCCCAAGUUUCUGACAGUGCUGUCUAUCAGUGUGAGGCCUCCAAUAGACACGGAACCAUUCUGUCCAAUGCAAACAUCAUGAUCAUGAAUCUGCAGCCCAUGAUUUUAACAAGUGAGGGGGAGGAAUACUCUGUUGUGGAGAGGAAGGGAGUGACGAUGCACUGCAAGGUCUUCAGCUCUCCUCCUUCUACAAUCACUUGGAGCAAAGACGACUCCCCUGAAUCUGUUCAUGGACCCAGGUUUACUGUUCAUGAAAACGGGUCACUGAAGAUCUACAAUGUGGAGAGGGGUGACACAGGACAGUACACGUGUUUGGCCAAAAACACAGAGGGAUCAUCUGCUAUCAAUGCCAUGCUUUAUGUAAAAGAUCCCACUCGAAUAGUAGUGGCCCCGGCGGACCAGCGGAUCCUAAUAGGUACCACGGCCCAGCUCUCAUGCCUGGCGGAGUACGACAAGUCCUUCAGCAAUGACUUUGAGCUCCUGUGGGAAAAAGAUGAUAUGGAGAUAGCCCUCAACUACACUGAGAAUUCAAGAUACUUUGUGGAGAACGGUGUUUUUCACAUCAUGAAUGUGAGCCACAGUGACCAGGGUGUGUACACAUGUGUGGCAAAAACUCCAGCGGACCAAGACGUGGCCUCAGCCCUCCUCAUGGUGUUAGAUGUCCCCGAUGCGCCGGAGAACUUGGUACUGUCUGACCGCAAGGGCAGAAAUGUGACGCUGAAAUGGGUCCCCGGGGACGACCACAACAGCUCAACCACAGAGUUUAUUAUCGAGUACGAGGAGAGCCACUGGGAACCAAGCAACUGGAAGGAGCUGCUCCGAGUACCUGGGAACCGCAACUCUGCUGAGCUCAAGCUCAACGGCAAUGUCGACUAUUGCUUCCGAGUGUCCGCCGUGAACGCUGUGGGAACCGGGCGUCCUAGCGAGGCCACAGAGAGAUACAAAACUCCUCCAGAAGCCCCUGACAGGAACCCUGAAAAUAUCAGAAUCGAAGGUCAUUUGCCACAUGAAAUGGAUAUCAAAUGGGAGCCCCUGUUACCAAUUGAGCACAAUGGUCCCGGCUUGGAGUACAAGGUGAGUUACAGACGACAAGAUGUGGAAGAAGACUGGAAGGAGAACACAGUGAAGAGACACUCAUUCGUGGUGAAGAACACCCCAACUUUUGUUCCCUACGAAAUAAAGAUCCAAGCCAAGAAUCGUCAGGGCUUUGGACCUGAGCCCAAGUUAGUGACUGGCUAUUCAGGAGAGGACUUUCCCUCUGCUGCACCUGAUGAUGUAGCUGUGGAGGUGAUGAACAGCUCCGUGGUCAAGGUUAGCUGGACACGAGUACACAAGGACAAGUUACAUGGACAUCUGGGAGGCUACAGGAUAAGUUGGUGGCGUCUGCGCAGUCUGGUGGACUCAAAGAAAAGUCCCGGAGAUAAACACACGCUGGCAGUCCCCGGGGAUAAGAACCACGCCACGGUACCAAUUCUGACGCCCUUCUCCGAGUACAGCCUCAUCGUCAUGACCUUCAACGGGCGGGGCAACGGCCCAGGCAGUCAUCCCGUCAACUUCAAAACCCCAGAGGGAGUCCCAGAGAAAAAUCAUGAUUUCAGGGUCACAGAUGUACAGAGGCACACUGUCUCUUUGGCCUGGGAGCCGCCGUUGGAGCCUAAUGGGAUUCUCAUUGGCUACCUCCUUAAGUACCAUCUCAUCAAUGACACAGAAGAAGUGGGACCACUGCAGACAGUAGAUAUUAGCAAACCUGAGACCACCACGUGGAUCCUGCGUGACUUGGAGCCUUUGAGUAAAUACAAGUUCUACCUGUGCUCCUGUACCACGGUGGGCUGCGGGCCUGACGUCAGCGACGAGUGCACCACCACCCUGGAAACAACUUCCAUUUUGGCUCCUGCUGUUGGCCUCAGCAAGUCAGCUUCCCCCUCACCUCCAAGCACUCCAAAGUCCCCUGUGACCAAACCCACUCGUUCCACCAUAGGUCUGGCCAGCAUUCACGGAGGAAUAUCUACCAAGGGCUGGUUUAUCGGGCUGAUGUGCGCCAUUGCUCUCCUCACACUCAUUGUGUUGAUCGCCUGCUUUGUCAACAGAAAUAAAGGAGGGAAGUAUUCCGUAAAAGAAAAAGAAGACCUUCACCCAGACGUGGAGUCGCAGGGCAUGAAUGACGACACAUUCUGUGAAUACAGCGACAACGACGAGAAGCCACUGAAGGGCAGCCAACACUCGCUGAGCAGGGAGAUCAAAGCGGUGGAAAGCGGGGACAGCCUGGUGGACUACGGCGAUGAGGACGCGCAAUUCAACGAAGACGGCUCCUUUAUCGGCGAGUACGCCGGGCGGAAGGAGAAGAGGGCGUCCGCUGAGAUCAAAGCCACCAUUCAGACCCCAGCAUGAGGAGCAGAACGGGCCAUCCAGUUUCCACGAAAGCUGUCGGAACAAAAAAAGAAAAACAGGAAACAGACAUUAUUCAUGCGGAGCGCAAGUUCUGUGUCAAACGUAAUGUGUCGUUGCCAAGUGCACACUGCCAUUCUCAUUUUAUACAGCUCUGUUUUGUUAAGUUGCAACAGAAUGACCAUUACUAAAUACGGUGUAUAUAUAGUGUAUAUUGUAUGUGUGGAGUGUCUUUUUUUAUAAUUAUUAUUACUCAAAAUUUUAGAGGGCUUUGUUUUUAUUUCCUUUCCUUCAGCUGCAGUACUCUUUGUACUCCCCUCUCCACUGUGCAUCGUUAUAUGCAGCUUUGCCUCUGGUGUCACCUUGUAGCAGGCCACAGACAAAGUGGGGAUAUCAAGUUGAUAUUUUUUCAAUUGGAACGUAUAUUACUGACCUUUUAUAUUUGAAAUGGAGUCAUUGAAUAUGAUGUAAGAUGUGUAUAAAGGUUUGCUUAUUAACUUAUUUUUUUCCAGUGGUUUUAUACCUGACAGAAUAAUAAGACAGUUCACAUAUCAUUGCAUAUUAUAAAGACCACUUCCUGCUCCUGAAUCUCCUUGUGAUGUUAGGAUAUAUUAUUUAGUUGUACCUUGUUUAGAAACAUUUGAGCUGUUAGUUUAAAUCACACAUUUACUGUAACAGCCAAGCGGUGCUUCAGCAGAUUUGGGGUAAAAAGUUUCAGAAAUGUAAUCUAUUACAGGUUGAUAUCAUUAAAUAACUAUACGCAUAACCCAGUCUUGAUUAAAUUGGAUUUAACCACCAGUGUGUUGAGUUUUACAAACCAAGAAUGAGCAGAUCAAUACAAUUUAUUGUCAGUUUGUUCAAAAUAAAGCUGAGAUAGGGGAAAGAAGUAGCCCUAGCAUACAAAGAAAAACUUAGGAAUGCAUUAUGGUACAAACAUGAAGGAUGUGUUGAUCUUUUCAUUAGUGAGGGCCUGUUCCUUUUUACAUUGCUACUUUAUUAAAUUAGUAAUACAAUGUCAAUUAUUUUUUAGAGAUGAUGAAAAAAUAUCAACAAAAGCUAAGGUUUUUUAUUUUUUUAUUUGUAUCCUGCAAAUGGAAGCUGUGGCAUCACUAUGUCACUGUCAGAAGUACCUGCAAUGGAUUACAGGCUUCUUUUUGUCAAUCAGAUUACUCUGGUUUUAAUAUUUGCCAUCCACCUGCACCGCUAAUUCAGUGUGCUAUAGUGAAGUGUUAUAUUGGUUUUGUUAAGCCCUACUUUGAGUAUGCUGCCACUCCAAAACAGAAUCACUUCUGUUGUUCAUUAACAUUAGCAACCUGAUCGGGAAAACUGCAGUGUUUUGUAAAAGUUCACUCAUUGCAUUGCAUGUUAUAAAUGUUAAUUGGUGUUUUUCAAUGUUAUUAAAUUGCUUUACUUUCCUA